AUGACUCGAUUAGGGUGUUGGCUAGCAGUAGCCUCUCUGGUGGUGCUCGUCGGGCUCGCACAAGCCGGCUCGAACUGUUCGGCCGCCGACGCCACUAGAAACUGCAUCGAUGGACUUAUUGUGCCCAUUUGGUGAGUCUUUAUUCGCAGUGUAAAGUUAUAAAAGCAAAACACGAUGGGCAAAGUUAUUAUAGCUCUCUCUCUCUCUCUGCUCUUCGUUUUCUUUUGCUUUCUUUCGAAAUUCUCCCAAUUUGCUUCAAAUCAGAUUUGCCAGUCCAGUGAAUGAUGUGUAAAUGAAAGAGGCAUCUCUGUCUGUUUUCUGAGAUGAAACAUCUGGAAAUGAGCGUAUAAAUCAAGUGAGACUGAUCGCUUUUCGGCCCAUCCGAACACGAGAAAAUCAAGAACAUGUGUGAGAAAAUGAAAAAAAAAAGAAGUUUUGAGGUGGGGUGAGAAUGGGAAUGAUCGUCGGAUCUGCUUGCAGGAGGCCCUUCCUGGAUCUGACCACCGGCGAUCGCGUCGUCCGCGGAGUGCUCUACUUUUUCGUCAUCGCCUACAUGUUCCUCGGAAUUUCGAUCGUCGCCGACAGAUUCAUGAGCUCCAUCGAGGUGAUCACAUCGAUGGAACGAACGAUUAUAGUCAAACGACCGGGACUCGAUCCGAUGGAGGUCCAAGUGCGCAUUUGGAACGACACCGUCUCCAACCUCACGCUCAUGGCCCUCGGCUCUUCGGCUCCCGAAAUUUUGCUCUCGAUUAUUGAGGUCGUCGCCAGAGGAUUCGAAGCUGGAGACCUCGGACCGAACACGAUUGUCGGCUCGGCCGCCUUCAAUCUCUUCAUGAUCAUCGCCAUCUGCGUCGUCGUCAUUCCGAAGGGCGAAGUCCGUCGUCAGAAGCAUCUUGAUGUGUUCUGCGUCACCGCGACAUGGUCCAUCUUUGCCUACGUCUGGCUGUACCUGAUCCUCGCGUUCUUCUCGCCCGGAGAGAUCGAGAUCUGGGAGGGAGUGCUCACCUUCAUCUUCUUCCCGCUCACCGUCUUCACCGCCUACAUGGCCGACAUCAAGAUCAUUCAGAACCGCUUCCUGCCGCACAAGUACCGUCGCGGAUCCCACGGACAGAUGAUCGCCACCGAGGCCGAGGAGAUGAAGAUGCUGGAGAACGGACUGCCGCAGGCAUGUGGACACUUUAUCGACGGAGAGGUAGUGGGGGGUGGUGUUGAGGGCAUGGACAACAACAUUUUCAAUAAUAAGUUUAACUUUAUCGCCUUGCCUCAAACUACUACCUACUUCUUCUUCUUCUUUGUUUCUCUUUGUCUGCGUCUCCUCUCAUGUUGCUCUAUGUUUUUUAGGGAUCCGUGGACCCGGCGAUCAGGGCCUUCGAGGAGCAUCGUCAAGAGUUUAUCGAGAUGAUGCGUGAGAUCAGAAAACAGAACCCACAUAUCACGCCGACCGAACUUCAGAAGCAGGCCGAGUACGAGAUGAUCAGCAGGUAACCUCGAAUAACAUUUCAUUUUCUACUUGAAUAUUCAGAGGACCGAAAUCGCGUGCUUUCUACCGUGUACAAGCGACUCGCAGACUCAUCGGAGGAGGUGAUAUCGUCAAGAAGAGGAUCGACAAGGAGCACAAUAAGGCUCUUGAUGCUGUAAGUUGAUAGUGCAUCAGCAUCUCAUCUCAUGUCAGCUAAAUCAUCAUCUUCUUCUUAGCAUGACUUUACUAGACAUCUAGCUGAGUGGUAGUACUACUGAAAACGAAUACCAUCACUACGGAACAGGCGACGUUCAAACGUUCUAAAGAGUGAAAUUGCAUCGCAAGGACUAACCCCAACUCACCGAACACCUCGGCUAAUUUCAGUUGGUACAGGCUCAAGAGAAGCAGUUGCGCGACAACACUUGCAAGAUCUACCUCGACCCGGCGCAUUACACCGUGCUCGAGAGCGUCGGAACGUUCGAUGUGCAAGUUGGAAGGUACUGGAUCGCAUCCACUCUCCUCUUCAAUAGUUGCAAUUCAGAGAUGGAGGACCGGAAGGAUUGACCGUGAUGGUCGACUAUUUCACCGAGGACGGAAGCGCCAACGCCGGAAGCGACUAUAUUCCAGUCAAGGGAACGCUCACUUUCUAUCCGGAAGACAAACAUCAGAAGGUCACCAUCGAGGUCGUCGACGAUGACGUUUUCGAGGAGGACGAGCACUUCUACCUCCGUUUGACCAACCUCCGCGUGCGCACCAAGGACGGAAUCAUCAUCGACCCGACCAGAAUCGGAGGACUGCCGGUCGCCCAGCUCGAGAUGCCCAACACCGCCACCAUCAUGAUCCUCGACGAUGAUCACGCCGGAGUGUUCGGAUUUGAGCACGAUCACUUCCAGGUCGUCGAGAACUGCGGACACCUUUCGUUGCAGAUGAAGAGACAUUCGGGAGCCCGUGGAAAGGUCGUCAUUCCGUUCAGGUACUGUCUAUUUCCGUUGAUAAGAAGGAAGAAGAAGAAGAAGAAGAAGGGAAGAGUAAGUGCGUCAUUUGACGGUGUUUACAUGAUGCUUGAGAAAUUGCGCAGCAGUAGAGUUUAUUUGAUUAAUGAUUGGAGAAAGAGAAGAAGGGCGAAAGUGAAGUAAGAGCCCAGACUAAUUGAACUAUGACCUGGAACCGUAGAGAUGCGUAGAGAUCGGGUACAACAUGAUAAAGCAUAUUUGGGAUUGGUGGGCAUCACUUUUAUGCGUAUGCUUUAGAGUGAUAGUACAAAAAAAUGUCAUCGGAACAAAGAACGUUCAUGUUUCGGAUCAUAUCUUUUCAGUUAACUAAUUUUCUGUACAACAACUUUCAGGACUACUAUAGCUCACGGAAAUUAGAACUGGUUGGGUGUAUAUGAAUCUCAAUACUCACUUCCACGAGAUACUGUACUCCUGAAAGUCACUGUAGAGAAAAAGUGUCAACUAAACAAUAAGAGCUCACUUCAAGAGCCUCACUUUGUCAGUUCACCAUUGCUCUGUACAGCAACUAUCAGGAGUACUGUAGCUCAUGGAAGUUAGAACUAGGCAAGGGCAUGGCUAACUGACAUGGGCUACAGUACUCUAGAGAGUGACAACUGGUAAAAUGAAGUAUAAGAUUUGUAGACAUGUAAGAAGCCUGCUGAAUGCGUAAAUUACAGAACCGUCGAAGGAACUGCCCAGGCCGACAAGCACUUCGAACAAAAGGAAGGAGAGAUCGUCUUCGAAGACAAUCAAACCGAGUACAUUCCCCAAAGCUCGAUGGUUCUCAGUCCACCGACCCGUUUUCAGAGCCACCAUCGACAUCGGAAUCAUCGACACCGAACAAUACGAACGCUCUGACUACUUCUACAUCGAACUGUCGCCACCAAUCUGGGCGAAGAAGAUGAACGGUAAGAGCGGGGUUUUCAGAAUUUCAGAAGGCUAUAACUUCCCCCCUCUUCUACACGCUCACAAUCAGUUAAUCGAGUUGUUAUUGUCAAACAAACUUAAACUUCACACAUCACCCUCGUUCUUAUCAUCAUCGUUGUGUUUGUGAUUUAAACAGACUUGUCACGCAUCCAAGAGCGCUUCCAACGUCGAAUGGAACGCAAACGCGGAUCGUCGGUGGCCUCCGAAUCAAAGGAUUCGACGCAAGAGACCGGUAGGUGAUGUUGUACUUCUUUAUCGGACCGUGUACGCUUCUGUAAAUAACACGUCUCCCUUAAAUCGGAAACAAUUCUUUCAGAUAUACUCUUAGAUACCUUCCAACCCGUUUUCCUUUUCUUUUCUUUCCCUCCCCCUCAACCCUUUUCACCCUUUCAUACUUAUUCACAGCACUCGCGCCGGGCGACAAAUCGAGCAGAGCCGCGAGCGUCGAUUUGCUGCAGCCGUCGGCGGAUCCCCGUCGUUCGCACUCCAACUCACCCCACCUCACGAGCCGCUUCCGCAACCGACUCGGCUCAUGGAUUGCCGGAAUGAAAGGCGGUACAGUUCUUCUUGGUUUUUACACACUUUCGUUUUGCAUGCGUUCUCUGUAAUUCUGUUUCGCCACGCUAACCACUUGGACAUUUAUCAUUGUUUUCGCAAAGCUUUCACUUUCUUUUCUUUUCUUUCGAUUGGUUUUCUGUGACCAUUUUCCUCCGGCUUAAGGUCUUUUUGAUUGAGGAAUCAAGGUGUUUUUGUAGGGGAUGACGAAGUCGUCACUGCUCUCACACCGUCCCAGUUGGAGAUUGCCGAGAUGGGAAAACCAAGACUUGGAGAGUUCACCAAGUGCCAGAUCACCAUUAGAGAAUCCAAGGAAUUCCAGGUAACGGCGCAUUGCUAGCAAAACGGUAGCUCAUUUCUAAACGUUCAGGGAAUUAUCGACCGCAUGAUCAAGAACGCCAACACCCGUAUCAUGCUGGGAACGCACUCGUGGAGAGAACAGUUCAUGGAGGCUCUUGUCGUGUCCGCCGGAGACGACGACGACGACGACGAGGAAGGAGAGGACGGAGAGGAGAAGGAGCCGGAGGAGCCGGGAUGCAUGGACUACGUGAUGCACAUCUUGACCGUCCCAUGGAAACUCACUUUCGCCACUAUCCCGCCGACCGACUACAUCGGCGGAUGGGCAACGUUCGUCGUCGCCAUCUUCAUGAUCGGAGUACUGACCGCCGUCGUCGGAGACUUGGCCUCUCAGUUCGGAUGCUGGGUGGGACUCAAGGACGCCGUCACCGCCAUCUCGUUCGUCGCACUCGGAACUUCCGUGCCAGACACUUUCGCGUCGAAAGUCUCGGCCGUUCAGGACAAGUACGCCGAUAACGCCGUUGGAAACGUCACCGGAUCCAAUGCGGUCAACGUGUUCCUCGGAAUCGGAAUCGCUUGGUCGUUAGCCGCCAUCGUCCACUGGAACAAGGGCACCAAGUUCUUGGUGGACCCAGGAAACCUCGGAUUCUCCGUGUUCAUCUUUGUCGUCGAGGCGUUGUUAUGCAUUACUGUCAUUGUGCUGAGAAGAAAUAAGAGCGUCGGAGGAGAAUUGGGAGGACCCACUGCUUUGAGGGUAAGUUUAGAAGUUUGGGGUUCCGAGGACUUGGAUUGACAUAUCUUCGGCCCAAGUUUUCAGGUCAAUCGGUUUAUCUACUCUAAAGACCUAAAAGGCCAAAAUUUUCGCAAAACCCGGCCUUUUUCACUUCAAACUAGAAUAUCCCGGGACCAGAAAAUCCGAUCGGUCUGAAACUUGAAUCCAAGAUACUUCAAUCCAAGUCCAACAUGUCCAGGUCUCGGCACGCCUUCGAAAAACCUGUGCCGGUGAUUAGCCCAUGCCUGAUGCUUAGUGAGAAAAAUAGUGUCUUGGCCUAACUAAAAGGGAGCCAUUCGACGCUACUCCGACCUAGUAGAGUCCGAUGGGCUAGUCGAGAUCCUCAAGGCAUACAAUACCAUCAAUUCAUUUUCAGUGGCUCACCUCGUUCUUCUUCACCUUCCUCUGGUUCAUGUACCUGCUGCUCUCGGCGCUCGAAGCCUACUGCGUCAUCCCCGGCUUCUAA